AUGUCUAACCCUACUAUCGUCUUCGCUCCUGGUGCAUGGCACACAGCUGAUUGCUACGAUGUCGUCCGCAAAGACCUCCACGCCAAGGGCUGGGACACUGAGGCUGUUGAUUACCCCUCCGUCGGCGCUGAGCCUCCUACCGUGGGCUUGAGCGAUGAUGUCGCAGCUGUGCGAGCUGUUAUUGAGAAGUUGAUUGGGGAGGGCAAGAAGGUCAUGGUUGUUGUGCACUCGUACGGCGGGCUUGUCGGUGCUGAGGCUGUCAAGGGCUUGGGUUUGAAGCAGCGUGUGCAGGAGGGCAAGACGGGCGGUGUGAUUCAGCUUGUUUAUCUGAGUGCGUUUGUCAUGCCAAAGGGAGUUAGUAUUCUUGCGGCGCUUGGAGGAGAGUAUCUUCCCUGGAUGCGAGUCGAGGGAGACUAUGUCUACGCUGACACACCCGAGAACGUAUUCUACCACGAUGUUGAAUCUGAGACUCAGGCCAAGGCCAUUGCUGCGUUGAAGCAUCAAUCUCGCCGCGUGUACACCGAUAAUGUCGAAUAUGAGCCGUGGCACGACGUCCCUUGCUUCUUCAUCUUCUGCGAUGAAGACCGCGCUAUUCCUCUGGCUAUCCAGGAGAACCUGGCAGCUACGUUGGGUCCUGACGCUGGAAGCUUCCAUAUCAAGAGCUCUCACUCACCGUUCUUGUCGCUGCCUAAGGAGACGGUUGAGGGACUGGAGAAGGCUGCUCAGGAUGGCUUGGCCAAGAGCUCAAGCUAG